AUGAAGGGAGAAGAGCUUUUGCAACAAGUGUUUUUGUGUGCAGUCAGCGCCACGUUUAGCUACUGGACUAGCCUCCUGCUGGACCGCCAUCGACAUGCAUCCAAGAAAGUACUUAAAACUAAGAAGGAGAUUGCCAAACGUCUUGGUCGACCUACCAUUAAAACCAAUUCUUAUGAGGAUGUCAUAGCUAGUGAUGUUAUUAAUCCUGAUAAAAUUGAAGUGGAAUUUGAUUCCAUUGGAGGUCUGGAAAACAUUAAGCAGUCACUGCAAGAAUUGGUCAUUCUCCCACUCCGAAGGCCGGAACUUUUCUCACAUGGGAAACUCCCUGGUCCUCAGAAAGGUGUGUUGAUACAUGGACCUCCAGGUACAGGAAAAACUAUGCUCGCAAAAGCUAUUGCAAAAGAGUCGGGGGCAGCUUUUAUUAACGUAAGGCUAGCAAAUAUAAUGAGCAAGUGGUAUGGUGAUGCAGAGAAACUUGUGGCUGCUAUAUUUAGCUUGGCACAUAAACUCCAGCCUGCAAUUAUAUUCAUUGAUGAGGCCGACAGCUUUUUAAGGAAGCGAAGUUCCCAUGACCAUGAAGUAUCAGAAAAAAUGAAGACCGAGUUCAUGGCACUAUGGGAUGGUUUCACCACUGAUCAAAAUGCAAGGGUGAUGGUUCUUGCAGCCACUAAUCGUCCAUCAGCGCUUGAUGAAGCAAUACUUAGACGUUUGCCUCAGACUUUUGAAGUUGGACUUCCAGAUCACAGGGGCAGAGUUGGGAUAUUGAAGGUUAUCUUGAAAGGGGAGAAGGUGGACAGUUCAAUUGACAUCGAUCACAUUGCUGGUUUAUGUGAUGGGUAUAGUGGAUCAGACCUUCUUGAACUCUGCAAGCAGGCAGCUUAUUCUCCCAUCAGGGACCUUCUCAAUGCUGAAAAGAAAGGACUCAAAUCGUCGGAACCCAGGCUAUUAUCACAAAGAGAUCUGGAGAAAGUUAUUGCUGCAAAAAGAAAAACAAAAGGUGCUGCUAGUGAAUACCACUUUAGUAUGUAUAUAUGA